UUCAUCCAUACGCUUCCAUAUUCUUAAGAUUCUCUCUCACACAUUCAUAUCUGUCAAAUAAUUGGAUUCAAAUUUUAAAUCACUUUUUGAUUCCUUCACCAUAUUUCCAAAUUUCAACUGAAGAUGCUGUGCAGGGGAACUAAUUCGAUAAAAUGUAGAAAACCUGGAUCAGUUCCGGUUUACCUGAAUGUUUAUGAUCUUACCUCCAUGAAUGAAUACGCUUAUUGGGUUGGCCUCGGCGUCUAUCAUUCCGGCGUUCAAGUUCAUGGAGUUGAGUACGCUUUUGGAUCUCAUGAACAACCGACGACUGGAAUCUUCGAAGGAGAACCGAAACAGUGCGAAGGAUUCACGUUCAGGAAGCAGAUCCUGAUAGGAUGGACGGAGAUGAGUCUAAGAGAUGUGAGAGGAUUCAUGGAAAUGCUAUCUCAGGAUUACACAGGGAUUUCAUAUAACCUAAUCACCAGAAACUGCAAUCACUUCUGCAAUGAUGCUUGUCUCCAACUCACCGGAAAUCCUAUACCGAAUUGGAUCAAUCGUCUAGCUAGAAUCGGUUUCCUGUGCAACUGUAUAGUUCCAGCGAGUAUAAAUUCGACUAAAGUUGGAAUUGAAGAUCACAAAGUGUGUAAUGAAGCAGAGAUUAAGACGAAACUAAGGAGCCGUUCAAAUCGGUUCACUUCAUCUUCGAGUUCUCCAUCGUCAUCUUCGGUUGAUCGUCCCAGAAGUCAUGGAAGAACUGUUCUCCCUUCAUCAUCGCUUUUGAUGCUUGAUUCCCCAUCUUCUCAGGCAAUAACAGUCUGUAAUGGUAAUCAUAUGUAA